GUAGUCCUUUAAUUCCUUGCAUGGUUUUAAAAGUCUAUAUUCCACUACAAUAAAUAAUUUGUCAUCUUGGGUUUCCUCUUCCAUCAUAUUACCCAACUUUCCCUAAUUUCUUCAGUACUAAAUUAGCUGCAUUUUUAAAGCUGCUGUUCUUGAAAUUAAUAUAUACUCAUCUUCUUGUAUUCUGAAUAAUAUAAAGAAUGAAUAAAUAUUGGCUCCAAAUUACUUCUGUGUUAACUUCUUUUGUAUUUCCACAUUUCAUUGUUUGCUUAUCCAAUGAAGACAUCCAACUCAAUAGCCAGUUGAUUAGCAUCAACCAACAUGUUCCUAAGGUGAAUUCUCAUAGGAUAUUUGAUAUUGAAAUUCAUGGAAUAUUAUUAUGGGCUUCAAUGGGAUUCUUGAUGCCAGCUGGAAUACUCACAAUAAGAUUCUCCAAUACAGAAGAGUGUAGCACAACAAAACUCAAAAUUCUCUUCUAUGUUCAUGGAACUCUUCAGGUACUCUCUGUGGUGUUGGCUACUGCUGGAGCUGUGCUAUCAAUAAAGAGCUUUGAAAAUUUGUUCAACAAUACUCACCAAAGAAUAGGCUUAGCACUUUAUAUUGCCGUCUAUGUCCAAUUUUUUAUGGGAUUUCGAAGGCCUAUGAGGGGAAGUAAAGGAAGAAGUGUGUGGUACUUUUUCCAUUGGCUACUUGGAACAACAAUAUGUUUGGCAGGAAUUAUCAACACUUACACAGGCUUAAAUGCUUACAAUCAAAGAACAUCAAAGCCAAUAAGCCUUUGGACAAUAAUUUUUACAGCUCAAAUAUCAUUCAUGGGAUUAUUCUAUCUUUUCCAAGACAAAUGGGAAUAUAUACAAAAGCAAGGGGUCAUUCUUAACAACAAUGAAACUACAACACCUCAAGUGGAAAUAGUUGUUCCUCAAAAUGAUGAACAAAAGAUGAUAAUGAGAACUGAGUCAGGAAGGAAAAGCAAUGCACUUGGUACUUUCUUUUCUAGACAUAAUGUCCUAAACAAAUUAUUUCAACAAACUUGAAAUGUUUUCAUGUUUCUUGUAAAUUACUAGUUUCUCGAUACGCAUGUGUAUUUUGUAUGAAAAUUAAUAAUUAAAAAAAUUCAAAUCGUAUAACAAGUUAUUGGGAGGACAUGCAUGUUUGU